UGCUGGGCUGGCGCUUCAGGUUUGGCAGCUGCUCGCGGUGCGUUUGGGGCCGUGAUGUCGGGACGCGGCAAGCAAGGCGGCAAGGCUCGCGCCAAGGCCAAGACGCGCUCGUCGCGGGCCGGCCUGCAGUUCCCGGUGGGCCGCGUCCACCGCCUGCUGCGCAAGGGCAACUACGCCGAGCGGGUCGGGGCCGGCGCGCCCGUGUACCUGGCGGCCGUGCUCGAGUACCUGACGGCCGAGAUCCUGGAGCUGGCGGGCAACGCGGCGCGCGACAACAAGAAGACGCGCAUCAUCCCGCGCCACCUGCAGCUGGCCAUCCGCAACGACGAGGAGCUCAACAAGCUGCUGGGCCGCGUGACCAUCGCGCAGGGCGGCGUCCUGCCCAACAUCCAGGCCGUGCUGCUGCCCAAGAAGACCGAGAGCCACCACAAGUCCAAAUAAGACUAAGGUUAGGGACGUUGCAAAACAAAGGCUCUUUUCAGAGCCACCUAUAGUUUCAAAAGAAAAGGCUGAUGCACACGAUCGGCGUUUUCACAUUUUUGGUGCUGUUUCUAGGGAGAAGGAGUAACUCUACUGGUAAUCUUAGAUGUAGUCUAACGUACAGAAAGGGCAAUUUGGAGAUUAUCAGGGGUGAGGCUAACAGGCUCAGAAAAGCUUGUCCAAAAGUUGGUGGAACCAGACGAGCAAGUCCCUGAGUCCAUUUUGAUGACGGUCCUGUCAAUUACCGGUUGUAAAUGGCCAAAAGUAAAAAAACUAGAAUGCAGUCCCAGGACACAUUUAGCGAUCUGCGGAUAGUAGAAGGGUCCUGGAAAAGGACGACCUGACUUAAGUGGUCUAACUAGAUACAAUUUUCACCAGAUGAUGGAGUUCUUAGUGGUCAUUUCCAUUUUCUUUAGGAUUUCAUUCUGAAGAGUUAGUCUGAUUUAUUGAUUAAAGAUACACAGAAUUUACGGAGUCCCGUAUUGGUAAAUCCUUGGUCCUGUUUCUUAGGAGCACAUGUAUCUGCUUAAUUCACUUACAGCUCAGGACACAAUGGAUGCAACCUAGAAUAUCUG